AUGGCCAAGCUCUCCACUCGCGAGGAUCGGUGGCACGGCCACAAGCUACUUGGACUGUACGCGCUCCUACACUUCGCGUACCGCUACCACGCCUUUUUUGCCGGCGCAGAUGACAUGGGCUUCGCCGACCAGAACGGCUGGAGUUCUGCCGCAAGUCUAGCGCCUCACCUGCUGCUGCAGCUCAGCGGAUUGACCUUCUCCAUUCCACGCCGUCGCAUCGUCACGGGCUCACGGAUCUGGCCCGAGUACCGCUGGCAUGCGCUCGUCUUCACACUCCGCUCGCUGGUUCUCAUGGCCAUCGCGGUGCGUUAUCCGCAUGCCGAAACGUGCCUCCCGCCACUGCUUGUUGUCCUCUGCGCCAUGGCGGCGGCCGACACGGUCACCGCUUGGUACGCGCGGCGUGGCGAGUCGAGCCGCACGAUUCGCGACUUGGCCGCGCCCGCGGGCGCCCAGUACUUGAUGUCGGCGACGCAGUUCCACGCGACGACGGGCUGCUUGCUCACACGUGGCCGCCUGAGCGUGCAGCUCGUGUCGCUGUGCGUCAUCCAGAGCGCCGCCUUUGUGAUGACGCUGCAGCGGCGCGGCCUCAUCACCCACCGCCAGGACCUGUGCCUUUACGCGGGUCUCCUGGGGUUUGGCCUCGCCGUCGUCCUGGACGACUUCAGCGCACGCGGCGUGCUGCCCGUGGCCUUCACCGUCGCCAACGCCGCGGCGAUCGCGCGGCUUGACGGCGGAGCGAACAAGUACAUCUUGUGGGCGGCGGUCGGCCUGCUGCUGCCCGCGCUGUGCGCGCCUGAGCGCGCUGCGGCGCGAGUGUGGCGCGUGCUCGGCCCCGCCAGCGGCUGCGGACUCGUUGCGAGCGCUUGGCGUCGCGGGCACUCCGAACGCAGGUUAGGAGGGGCAAAACCGUUAUAG